GUGGCAACACCGAAGUCUGCAGUAAUUAUUUGUAUGUAUUUCUGAGCGCCAUUGCUUUUUACCGAUGUAAUGUUGAAAUGAUUUUAAUCUAUUUUCAUCUGCAAAUCUGUGUGAUGUUUUAGCAAAACUUUGAGGUGAUUGUGUACUAAAACUAUUGAACUUCUUAAAGUUUUGUGCUGGGCUUUGUCAUGGCCGGUAAGUGGUGACUUUUAUCGCCCGCUAAUCAAGGGCGAAAUUGGAUUUGGGAAUCGCAAUAAUUCGAAGAUGUUUUAUCGUUCGAACUCUGACGGCAAUGGUGGUGAAACGACGUGGUGUUUUAGUCAGGUGAAAGGUACCCUUGAGGAUGACGUGACUGAAGCGGACCUGAUAUCCUGCGUGGAGUUUAACCACGAUGGGGAGCUCUUGGCCACCGGCGACAAAGGUGGUCGAGUUGUUAUAUUUCAGAGAGACCCAGCAUCAAAGCAAUGUGUGCCCAAGAAGGGCGAGUACAACGUAUACUCGACCUUCCAAUCACAUGAGCCUGAGUUUGACUACCUGAAGUCAUUGGAGAUUGAAGAGAAGAUCAACAAAAUCAGAUGGCUUAAGCGCAAGAAUCAAGCUCACUUCCUCCUCUCCACCAACGAUAAGACUAUCAAACUAUGGAAAUUGUCACAGGUGUCGGAGCGAGACAAGCGCGUGACUGGUUACAACACGCGCGAGGAGGGCGGCCGUCCAAGGGACCCGGCGCGGAUCACGCAACUACGCGUGCCUACUGUACGCCCCGCGGAACUUAUGGUGGAAGCGUCGCCGAGGCGUAUAUUCGCGAACGCGCACACUUACCACAUCAACUCGAUCUCCCUCAACUCGGACCAGGAAACGUACCUGUCGGCGGACGACCUGCGCAUUAAUCUCUGGCACCUGGAGAUCACAGACCAGAGCUUCAACAUCGUCGACAUCAAGCCAGCCAACAUGGAGGAACUCACUGAGGUUAUAACUGCGGCGGAGUUCCAUCCGACUGAAUGUAAUCUCUUUGUUUAUUCUAGUAGUAAAGGUACUAUAAGGCUUUGCGACAUGCGCGCGGCGGCACUGUGCGAUCGCCACGCCAAGUUAUUCGAGGAGCCCGAAGAUCCUCACGCGAGAUCUUUCUUCUCUGAGAUCAUCUCCUCCAUCAGCGAUGUGAAGUUGAGCAACUCUGGCAGAUAUAUGAUGUCGAGGGACUAUUUGGGAUUAAAAGUAUGGGAUCUAAGGAUGGAAACGAAACCAGUAGAAACAUAUCCAGUUCACGAGUAUUUGCGCUCGAAAUUGUGCUCGUUGUAUGAGAACGAUUGCAUUUUCGACAAAUUCGAGUGCUGUUGGAGUGGCGACGAUCAGCGGCUGAUGACUGGCUCAUACAACGGAUUCUUCAGACUGUUCGAACGCGGCGCGGGCGGAGCUCGUCGCGGCGAGCUGACUCUGGAGGCGUCGCGUGAGGCCGCCGCCAGGCCGCGCCAACCGCUGCGGGCCAGGAGGGUGGCCGCCACCGCCAAGAGGAAGAAGGACGAAAUCAGUGUGGACUGUCUCGACUUCAACAAGAAGAUACUGCACACUGCGUGGCACCCGCAUGAGAGCAUCAUCGCCGUGGCCGCUACCAACAACCUGUUCAUAUUCCAGGACAAGUUCUAGCGCGCGUAGCAGCGCGUAGCCCCCGUGCCGUAGCCCCGUAGCUGCGGCCGCCACGUAGCACACCGCCACCGCCGCCUCGUAGCGCAGCCAACGUUCCAAACUCGAGUGGCGUACGUAAAUUCUCUUUUUAUCAAUUGCAGUUGCGUUUCGUUUCAACCAACAACGCCAGAAACUUCAGAACGAACUAACGGAGACGUCGAAAUUAUAAGCUCAACAAACGACAGUCGCAAAAUGUGAUUCACCUAGAAAGCUCAACACUGUCGUCGAUAGAAUAUAAUAUCCCCGAUUGUUAGAACUUAAUAUGUACCUACCAGUUUUCUACGUAGUUUGAACAAAAUCAGAUACACAAUGCUAGAUUGCAAUGGAUAAGGCGACAACCUUUAUACCGAGCGUAUAAGGUUCAGUAUUAUUCAGGCGAAACGAAGUGCAUAUUUGUAGCGUUUGAACGCGAUUUGAAGUAAGCCCUAACUUAGGCGGUAACUAUGAAUUUGGCAUCGACAGCUGUUGGUAGAAUUACUAGGUUUUGAUUGAGUAAGAAAUAUCGAAUUUAAAUAUUACAUGGUAAAGUUGUUGCUAAAUUAUCAAGGAAAUCAAAGAGAUAACAUGGCUGAAUAGAUUUUUUGUGCCUAUUUGAAAAAUGGUAAAGCAUUCCAAAUUUGAAUGGUUACUAUCGUUUCCUUUAAUAUUACAAAAGAGGUUAUACGCUAGUUAGGAAAGUUAAUACUAGUCCUUUUUUUAUUUUUAAAGUAAAGCUACAUCACAUUGUGGUUUAAUUACAUUCUACUGACAGCUGCGCGUGCUGCGUUGUUGUAAUAUGCUGCGUGACACUGUACGGGAUCGGAUCGUAUAUAUAUAACAAUUUGAAAAAGUUAAGACUUCAACACUAGCCCUAGUUCUCACCCUAAAGAGAUUUAUAUAUAUAUAUUUUUACAUACUAAAGAAUAUAUUAAAUCAAUCAAAAAAAAUCUGCAAGAGAUUAAUCUGUGAACAUUGCCAUGCGGAAUGCAUGCAUGCAUAACAAAGCUGCAUAUUUCAAAGAACUUGAAAGAACUUAAUGUCAGUGACAAAAAAAUAUUAUAAAAUAUUUGGAUAUUAUUACAAACUAAUGAUUUAAAUUUGCCCAAAAUAUGUGACAACUAGAACAACCGCGAUUGGACUAAUCGAUAUCUAAACAAUUUACCACAAAACUUUUUGUACGAUUACUUUCCAUAAGAAAACUACUAUUCUAAUCAGAAUAAUGGUUUCUUACAUAUAAGUAAAAAUAUUAAAUAUUGCUCUCAAUUGGCUUAUGGACUGGCUAGUCCCGAAGAUUCUGCUUUCCUGGGUGUUGAUUGACACACACUUUGCGUAGAAACACAAAAUUUUCUAUCUACAAAUUGAGUUUCUAUCUCUCUGUUUCUUUCUAUCUCAGUACAAGGUCUCCCGCCGUAGAUUUACGAACCGAUGGCGUAGCUUCUAGACAUUCAUGAGUGCUUGUAACAGCCUAAACUGAAUAAAUGAUUUUGAUUAUGAUUAU